CUUCAAGUAGCAAACAUGCUGUCCAUCGCUGCCUUCCUCGGCCUUAUCGCCAUCUCCUCUGCCGGCUACCUCGGUGGUGGCUACGGAGGCGUUGGUCUCGGCUACGGAGGCGUUGGCCUCGGCUACGGCGGUGGUCUUGGCUACGGCUACGGUGCCGGCCUCGGCGUUGGUGUCGCUGCCGCUCCCGCCGUUGCUGUCGCUGCCCCAGCCGUCGCCGCUGCCCCGGUCGCCGUGGCCGCCGCUCCCGUGGCCGUCGCUGCCCCCGUGGCCCUCGGACCCAGCCCCGCCUCCAUUGCCGGCGGCGCUUUCGCUGCCACUGCUGUGACCGGUAACGUCGCCAAGGUCGUCACCAGCCAGGUGUCCACCGCUCACCACACCUCCCCGGGAGUCGCCAGCGUCGCCACCCAGGCCGUCGCUCCCGUCGUCGGCGUCGGCGGCGGUGUCGCCCACGGUGGAUACGGACUCGGCUACGGAGCUGGACUCGGCUACGGAGCUGGACUCGGCUACGGUCUCGGUCACGGCGGAUACGGCGGAUACGUCGCUGCUGCCCCCGCUGUCGCCGUCAAGGUCGGAUACGCCGGAUUGGGCGGAUACGGCGGAUACGGCGGAUAUGGUGGAUACGGCAAGGGAUGGUAGAAAAUGAUGGUACAAAGACGACAUUGCGAAGCUUAUACAUACGCUGAGUGGAUGCAAGCGAUGGAGGACUGGUCAGAAGACACCGAUGGUCCAGUAGCGAAAGAAUAAAUUAUUCUACUUUUUCUGCCUGGUGCACACAAUGCUCUCUUCAUUGUUUCAACAGUAC